GCUUGUGCUGCUCCCAAAGGUAUUUUCGGUGGCACGUCCCAAACUCUUUAGAUUUUUGAUCCCUAAGAGCAGUGAUGGUGGUUUGGAACAUGAGUUAUGUCCCACUCCUGCAGCAGCAGAAUGCAAUGGAUCAACUCGAGCAGAGGGUAAAUGAAUUUUUUAUGAACGCAAAGAAAAACAAACCUGAAUGGCGAGAAGAACAAAUGACAUCAAUCAAAAAAGAUUAUUAUAAGGCUUUGGAAGAUGCAGAUGAAAAAGUGCAACUGGCUAAUCAAAUAUAUGAUUUGGUAGACCGUCAUUUGAGAAAAUUGGACCAGGAGCUCGCUAAAUUUAAAAUGGAGCUUGAGGCAGAUAAUGCUGGAAUUACAGAAAUAUUAGAGAGACGGUCUUUGGAGCUGGAUACACCAUCACAACCUGUGAAUAACCAUCAUGCCCAUUCUCACACUCCAGUAGAGAAAAGGAAACACAAUCCCUCUUCUCACCAUAGUACAACAGAUCAUGUUCCUGAAAAGAAGUUCAAAUCUGAAGCUCUUCUAUCUACCCUGACUUCAGAUGCUUCUAAAGAAAAUACACCAGGGUGUCGAAACAGUAAUUCAUCAUCUUCUUCAAACAAUGCAUACAAUACAAACUCUUCUCAACCAUUGGCAUCAUAUAACCUGGGCUCAUUAUCUUCAGGAUCCGGGGCCGGUGCAAUUACCAUGGCAGCAGCUCAAGCAGUGCAAGCCACGGCACAGAUGAAGGAAGGAAGACGAACAUCCAGUCUAAAAGCCAGCUACGAAGCAUUUAAGAACAAUGAUUUUCAGCUUGGAAGAGAAUUUUCGCUAUCCAGAGAUUCAUCUGGGUAUUCAUCAUCAGCUCUGGCAUCUACAUUAACACAGACAUUAAGUUCAUCAACCACAGAUUCACGAAGUGGCAGAAAAAGCAAAAACAAUAACAAAUCUUCAAGUCAGCAGUCCUCAUCAUCUUCCUCUUCUUCCUCUCUAUCAUCAUGUUCUUCUUCAUCUGUACUGGCACAAGAACUGUCUCAGCAAACAGCAGUAAUACCUGAGUCUGAUUCUAAUAGCCAAGUUGAUUGGACCUAUGAUCCAAAUGAGCCACGUUAUUGCAUUUGUAAUCAGGUGUCCUAUGGUGAAAUGGUAGGCUGUGAUAACCAAGAUUGCCCUAUUGAGUGGUUCCACUAUGGAUGCGUUGGACUGACAGAAGCACCAAAAGGGAAAUGGUACUGUCCUCAGUGUACGGCUGCAAUGAAGAGAAGAGGCAGUAGACAUAAAUAAAUUUGUUCAUCUGGAAAACAAAUUACAUACUAAAGGUUUUAUAGAGGACUUGGGAGGGGGAGGAACCCCCACCACACUUCCUUGCGACCACUUAAGGGUUAACAUAGCAGUCGUAAGAUCCUGAACUAUUGAUUUUGCUAGUUGUGUUUUAAUAUUGUAAGUAAAUUAUUUAUGCACAUUGAUGUGCUACAGAUACUAUUCCAGUGAGCCUUGGAUUGUUCCAGCGGCCAACAUAUGCAGACAUUUGUACUAUCAAACCAUUUUCUCUGAGCAGUGGGCAUUCUACAAGUAUUCAAUCUUCCAAAAAUUCCAGUAAGUCAAGAUUUUAAAUGUAUGUUUUAUAUACAACAGAUAUAUUCUGCUGCAUGUACUGUACUCAAGAGCUGUUAUGUUACACUAUGUAUAUAAAUGGUGCAAAAAGUCAGUGCUUCUGGAAAAAAAGAGACAAUGGUUUUUAAAAUGCCUUUAUAGGGUUUGGUUCUUUAUGAAACAUAAUUCAGCAGGCUGAAGAAAAUGGUUCUUGUAUACAGCGGGCUGUUGUCCUCUAGGGUACUUGAGUAUGUAAAAACAAAAAAAUGCUGUAGAAUAAAACAAACUUGUGCCAUUAGUCUUUAUAUGUUUCUGCUCCAGAGAAGGAGCAGGCCAUAAGAGGAAAAAAAGGUGUUAAAGUGAUGAUAAAUUUUUAUACCAAAUGUGUUUAUUUUUUUGUGCAAGUAAUCCUUUAAAUUUGAAUUGUAUUAGGUGUUAAAAUAAAACGACCUCAACUCC